AUGGAAUCAGGACCCCUUGUCACAAACAAUAGUUUAAUUAUAAAUAGAAAUUCUAUUGUAGUACAUGAUGGAACUGAUAUUAUUACGUUAUUCCAAUACGUACCAGAAACAGACCUGGACCUACCUACACAACAUUUGGAAAAUGUUGAUGAUUUCACAGAAGUAAAAGAAGAAGUUUUUAUUCGACACAACCCUCUAGUUAGAAUAAACUUUAAAGAAAAACUCAGAGAAAUUGUUAGUCAACUAAAAGAAGAGAGCCAUAGAAAAUUAUGUGAUCAACAAAUUCGAAUGUUAGAAACAUCGUAUUAUCUAGAACAGCUAAAGAAAGAAGCUGAUAGUAGUAAGGAAAAGAUACAGAAGAUUCAUAAUAAUCUCAAGAAAGCUUUAGGACCUAGAUGUGCUGCCCAAGCAUGGAAAUGUGCUGAACAGAUUUACCAACUUCUCCAA